CAGCCAUUGCGCGCGCCGCCCGGGGUGCAGCCCUGCUCGGGCCCUCGCGGACGCACGGGCGAGUGCAUACAAAAAGGGCGGCCCGCGCGCUCCUUCCGCCCCUUCCUGCCUGGGAGCGCGGCGCCGGCCAGGUGCGGGCUCGGAGGUGGUGACCGCCUUUCGCCCCGGCCGCCGCGAGCAGGGGGUGGGCGCCCUUUCUUUGGCUCGGAGGCGAGGUCUUCCCGAGCGCCAGGCUUCCCGUCCCCUCUCCCAGCCCUGCGCGCCGCCUCCCGGGCCCCUCCGCCCUCCCCACCUCUCGCCAUGACGGCGUCUCCGGAUUACUUGGUGGUGCUCUUCGGGAUCACUGCUGGGGCCACCGGGGCCAGGCUGGGCUCGGAUGAGAAGGAGCUAAUCCUGCUGCUGUGGAAAGUCGUGGAUCUGGCCAAUAAGAAGGUGGGACAGUUGCACGAAGCGCUCGUUAGACCAGAUCACUUGGAACUGACCGAGGACUGUAAAGAAGAAACUAAGAUAGACGCCGACAGCCUGUCCUCCGCUCCACAGCUGGACCAAGCCCUGCGACAGUUUAACCAGUCAGUGAGCAACGAACUGAACAUUGGCGUGGGGACGUCCUUCUGCGUGUGCACCGACGGGCAGCUGCACAUCCGGCAAAUCCUGCAUCCCGAGGCUUCCAAGAAGAAUGUAUUACUACCUGAAUGCUUCUAUUCCUUUUUUGAUCUUCGAAAAGAAUUCAAGAAAUGUUGCCCCAGUUCUCCUGACAUUGACAAGCUGGAUGUUGCAGCAAUGACAGAGUGUUUAAACUUUGAGAAGAGUGGUUCGGACUCUCGAUAUGGAGCCUCCCAAGUUGAAGAUAUGGGGAAUAUAAUUUUAGCGAUGAUAUCAGAGCCUUACAAUCACAGGUUUUCAGAUCCAGAGAGGGUAAACUACAAAUUUGAAAGUGGCACUUGCAGCAAGAUGGAACUUAUCGAUGAUAACACCGUCGUCAGGGCUCGAGGUUUACCGUGGCAGUCUUCGGAUCAAGACAUUGCAAGAUUCUUCAAAGGACUCAAUAUUGCCAAGGGAGGUGCUGCACUUUGUCUGAACGCUCAGGGUCGGAGGAAUGGAGAAGCUCUGGUGAGGUUUGUGAGUGAGGAGCACAGGGACCUGGCCCUGCAGAGGCACAAACAUCACAUGGGGACCCGGUACAUCGAGGUCUAUAAAGCAACAGGUGAAGAUUUUCUUAAGAUUGCUGGUGGUACCUCUAAUGAAGUAGCCCAGUUUCUCUCCAAGGAGAAUCAAGUCAUUGUGCGCAUGCGGGGCCUCCCUUUCACGGCCACAGCUGAAGAAGUGGUGGCUUUCUUCGGACAGCACUGCCCCAUCACUGGGGGGAAGGAAGGCAUCCUGUUUGUCACCUACCCAGACGGCAGGCCAACAGGGGACGCGUUCGUCCUCUUUGCUUGUGAGGAAUAUGCACAGAACGCACUAAGGAAGCACAAGGACUUGUUGGGUAAAAGAUACAUCGAACUCUUCAGGAGCACAGCUGCCGAAGUUCAGCAGGUGCUGAAUCGGUUCUCCUCAGCCCCCCUCAUUCCACUCCCAACCCCACCCAUUAUUCCAGUACUACCUCAGCAGUUUGUCCCCCCUACAAAUGUUAGAGACUGUAUCCGCCUUCGAGGGCUUCCCUACGCAGCCACAAUAGAGGACAUCCUGGACUUCCUGGGGGAAUUCUCCACAGAUAUCCGUACGCACGGGGUUCACAUGGUACUGAAUCACCAGGGCCGCCCGUCAGGAGACGCCUUUAUCCAGAUGAAGUCUGCGGACAGAGCAUUUAUGGCUUCACAGAAGUGUCAUAAAAAAACCAUGAAGGACAGAUAUGUCGAAGUCUUUCAGUGUUCAGCUGAGGAGAUGAACUUUGUGUUAAUGGGGGGCACUUUAAAUCGAAAUGGCUUAUCCCCACCGCCAUGUAAGUUACCAUGCCUGUCUCCUCCCUCCUACACAUUCCCAGCUCCAGCAGCAGUUAUUCCUACUGAAGCUGCCAUUUAUCAGCCCUCUGUGCUUUUGAAUCCACGAGCGCUGCCGCCUUCCACGGCAUACUACCCGGCCGGCACUCAGCUCUUCAUGAACUACACAGCCUACUAUCCCAGCCCCCCAGGUUCGCCUAAUAGUCUUGGCUACUUCCCUACAGCUGCUAACCUUAGCAGUGUCCCUCCACAGCCUGGCACGGUGGUCAGAAUGCAGGGCUUGGCCUACAAUACUGGAGUUAAGGAAAUUCUUAACUUCUUCCAAGGUUACCAGUAUGCAACCGAGGAUGGACUUGCUCACACAAAUGACCAGGCCAGGACUCUACCCAAAGAAUGGGUUUGUAUUUAAGGGCCCCAGCAGUUAGACCAUCCUCAGAAAAGAAGUGUUUGAAAGAUGUAUGGUGAUCCUGAAACCAUCAGACAAGAAAACUAGCAACUUCAGGGGAAGUUUGUCUAUACUCAGGCUGCAGUAUUUUAAGCAAACAUGAUUGGACAGUGGACCUGUGCCUUAUGUUUCGGUGGAGUGAAAAAUUUGAGCCAGUGAAGCCAAAUCCUUGCAGCAAGCAGCACACAGCAUACUUGGCUCCUUGCUGAUUGUGAACAGGCAUUUAAAAUGUGAAUUUGAAAUCAGAUGUCUCUAUUACUUCCAGCUAAAGUGACAUCAUAGGUGUUUCCUAAGUUUAAAAAGUCUUGGAUUAAAAAAUUCUCCACUAGUGUCUACCAUCUCCACCAUGAAGUCUAUUGAGGAAGCUCCAUUUUGUAUACUUCUAUUCCUUUGCCUCCGUCUCCCCACCUUCUGCAUGGUCAUGUCCUCUUGCUAAACAAUUCAAGCAUAAGGCCUUGGACUACUUAAAUCACAAUUUAAGAAGAGAAAGAAAACAGCUGGGCAUGGUGGCACACGCGUGUAAUCCCAGCACUCAGGGAGGCUAAGGCAGGAGGAUCCCCAUUAGUUUGAGGUGAGCCUGGCCUACAUAGUGAGACCCCUGUCUCAAACAACUUAAUAAAAAAGGAAAAAGAAAACCAAUAUUUUCCCAAUCUCUUGGCCAUCAUGAUGUCUUAGAUGGUUUUAGAAACAUCUAAGAGAGGCUGAAAGUGUAGCUCAGUGGUAGAGUGCUCACCUAUCAUGCACAAAGCCCUGGGUUCCAUCCCCAGCACCGCAAAAACUUAACAGCUGAGGAUAAUCUGGAAGAAAUGGGACACCCUCCACAACACAUAUGUAGUUAAGUUUUGGAUCUUUUCUCAGCAGGUACCAGUUGUAAAUAAGAAUGAAGUAGGGGCCAAAAAUGCAAAACCAAAAAUGAAGCAGCUACAUGUAGUUAGUAAUUUUAGUUUGAAGUGUAACUGAAUAUUGUGGCUUCAUAUGUAUUAUUUUAUAUUGUACUUUUUUCUUUGUUGAUGGCUUAGACUUUCAUAAAAAUCCACUAGUUUUUAAUAUGACAGAAAUAAGACUUUGGACAGUGUAUUCUGGAAAGCAACAUACUGUACUGAAGUAAAUGCUUGUAUAUAUUAAAAUAGCCUUAAACCUUUCUAAUGUCUUCACUGUCAAAUAAUUAAAACUUUCCAAAGCAUAGGACUGUAGUCAGCAUGCUAGACUGAGGGUUAAACACUGAUGCAGUAAACAGAUACUGAUGCUGUGAGUGUUUAGCACUGUGUUUAGCUAUGUUUGUGCUACAAAAGUGCAAUAUUAGACACUAGCUAGCUAGUACUGCUGCCUCAUGUAACUCCAAAACGGAAGACAGGAUUUGAUUCAAUGCACAUACUUCUUUGUUACUCAUAUUGUCCUUUGCUUGGAUCCAACGCCAUGCAGAUUUUUGUGGCUGCUCUUUUUACUUUGCAUUACUUUGAUUAACACCUUGAAUGAAGAGCCAAACAUAACCCUCUUCUGACCAGCAGUGACCCUGUAACUGCCAUAGGGAAAAAAGUCUGUGUGUGAAAAUUGGUGAGAACUGGCACUUAAGAUCACAAAGAAAAUUCUUGGUACUUUUUGCUUUAAGAUGCUCUCUGCCCAAAGCUCUGAAAGACUGAUAGGCAGUAAUACUGCAAUACUACUGAGUUUUGUAGAAUUGUUACAUUUGAUAAUAAAAAUUGCCUGCUUAAUCUCAA